AUGAAGGAGGCAUUGCGAGUCCUUGGCUAUGAAGAGGAUGAGGAGGUAGGAGAGGCCUUCAUGAUGCUGACUAGCACUCAGCUGACGAGCGCGGGACUGAAUGUGCGCGAAGCCAAUGCAAUCCUGGCAAAGGCAGCCCCUCCCACAGACCAGAUGCGCACAGUCAUUCGCGAGGAGCUGGUGCGUCACGACGAAAGCCAAAGCAAGAGCAACAAGAGCUUCUCAGAAGUGGGUUCGUCCGAGGUUGACUCGCUUCUGGUAGAGCUAAACCUCAAUGAAGUGGACGGGAACGCAGUAGAGCCCAUCAUUGUCCCAGCAGAUGCGCCGCAGCCCGGCAGUUUUGCCUAUGAGAAUUAUCCGGAUGAAAACACCGGCACUCCGUUCCUGCUGGCGCACCAUCAGAAGGAGCUGGAACGGCAUGACGUGCACUUCGGACGCAACGAUUUCAAAAUGUACGACAUACACAGCGAAAGGAAGAUGUACGGCAUUACAGCGCGCUCAGGUCAGAGGUACAACGGCUCGUUGGAUGGCUGCGCUGCACCCUAUGGGCUGAUGGCCAGCUCAGCGGGCUUGCACAGCAGACUGGCCUACAAGCACAAGCAGAAUGAAGCCCAGAAACAGAUAUAUCGUGACAAGCAUUCUGAUCAUUACCAGAUCCGCGGCGACGAGGUGUACGUGUGGACAGACCUGACCGCAGCACAGGCAUACUUCAAGCAGGCGGAGUUGCUGAAGAGCCUGCCCACGCACCUGCCAAAUCGCCAGCUCAAAAUGGAGGCCAUCCCUGAAGAACUGCAGGUGCCGCUCAAGAAGAUGCGCACCUUGCGCACGCGGUCAGGAGUUGUCGAGCAGCUGAGCUCAGUGUUACCGUGCCUGCCACCCUCAGAGAGGCUCAGCGGCGCCUACGACAUCAUUAACACAUGGGUUUCUGCUGCAGCGGCAGCCGCACCUCUGCCUUAG